GUGAAGUUGGACCGAAACUUUUUCCGUCUCAAGAAGCGGCACCUCGCCGGAGCAGGAGGCUGCUGGUCGGUCGGUACUCGUCAGGAGUUAACCACAAGCUCGUCUCAACUUCAGCUGAUCCAAGAAGAGGAUCUCCUCUGUCCCGUCUGUCUGGACAUCUACAAGGAUCCUGUUUUCCUCCCAUGCAGCCACAGUUUAUGUAAAGCCUGCCUGCUGAACAUUAGGAGAGAGAGACGGGAGCCAUCAUGUCCAGUUUGUCGGAGAAGAUCUGCAGGUGGAAACCCACCAUGUAACCUGGCUUUAAGGAGGCUGUGCAACACCUUUCUGCAGGAGAGGAGCCGGAGAGCAUCGGAGGGUUUUUGCUCUUUGCACUUUGAAAGCCUGAAGCUGUUCUGUCUGGACCAUGAGCAGCCGGUGUGCCUGAUCUGCAGGGAUUCAGUAAAACACGCUGGACACAGAUUCAGACCAGUCAGUGAAGCGGUGUUAGAGAUUAAGCUUGAGCUUGAGCAAAACCUGAAGCGUUUACAAAACCGCAUGACUGGUUUAAAAUGUUGCGAAGAACUCUUUCAUGACGGAGUGGAGCACUUAAAAAGUCAAACCCGAAACUCGGAGGGGAAAAUUAGGAAGCAGUUUAGGAAAGUUUUCCGGUUUUUAGCAGAUGAAGAGGAAGCUAGGCUAACUGCUGUGCGGAAAGAAGCGGAGCUGAAGAUUGGUAAAAUGGUGGAGCUGAUGGAGACUGUGAAGAAAAAUAUAUCAGGUCUGUCUGAAACAAUCAGAACCACGGAGGAUGAGCUGAACGCAGAAGAUCUCUCACUCCUGCGAAACUUUAAAGCAGCAACAGAGAAAAUCCAGAACCAGCUCCGAUUGGAUCUGCCAGAUUUUCCCUCUGGAAUUCUCCUAGAUGAGGCCAAGCAUGUGGGGAACCUCAGCUUCAACAUCUGGCUCAAGAUGGAGAACGCGGUCACAUACACGCCUCUGGUUUUGGACCCGAACACGGCAGCUGCAGACCUGCUGUUGUCCGAUGACCUGACAUCUGUGAGGCGGGUGAAGUGGACCGUCACUCCCUACAAUCCGGAGAGGUCUGCUUUGCUGUGCCACUCCGUCAUCAGCUCCAGGGGCUUUAACUCAGGAAUUCACAGCUGGGAUGUAGAGGUCAGAGGUGAAUCCUGGAAGGUCGGCAUGGUAGCAGAGUCAGCUGACGGCCCUGGUGUCGUAAAGCGGGAUUAUUGGGUUCUUCGUUUUAGUCGUGGCAAAUAUUCAGCAUGGUCUCAACGAAACGACCGCGUUGAGCCCAAAGUGACUAAGAAAAUACGGAGAAUCCAAGUCAAACUGGACUGGGAAGCAGGAAAGUUAGCUUUUUCUGAUCCUUUAACAAGAACUGUCAUACACACCUUCACACACACUUUUACAAAUAAGAUGUUUCCAUUGUUUGACCAGGGCACUAAAAUUUUACCGUUGAAGGUAUCUGUGAGGGGCAGAUAUUAAAACUCAAGCUACAGAAAAUCACCGCCUUUCCUUUGCUUCAGUGUUUUUUAGUGAUUUGUAUUUUAUUGCUCUAAAUAACUUUACUCUUCUCAGAUUUUUGUCUGUCAUGUUUGAAGUGAAUUUGAUUGUGUAAUUCAAAAUUGUCAGAUUAUACAGUAACAAGAAAACUUCUUCAAAUUUACUUUCUUUGCACUAUCUCUUCAAAUUAUUUCUAACUUAUUUACUGAUGUAUUAUUUCAGAGUUUGUCAUGUAACAACCAAGAAAUGUGUUUUGUUACUCCUUUAAGUGUUUAUUUACUAUUAUCUGCCUCUUAUAUGU